GUAUAUUUGAACUAAUUGAAGUGGUCGGAAAUGGCACUUAUGGCCAAGUAUACAAGGGUCGGCACACCAAGACUGGACAGCUUGCAGCCAUCAAGAUUAUGGAUGUUACUGAGGAUGAAGAGGAAGAAAUCAAGCUAGAGAUUAAUGUCCUGAAGAAGUAUUCCCACCACCGCAAUAUUGCCACCUACUACGGGGCAUUCAUACAGAAGAGUCCGCCAGGCAAAGAUGAUAAGCUUUGGCUGGUCAUGGAGUACUGUGGUGCUGGUUCAGUCACAGAUCUUGUCAAGUCAACCAAGGGCCAGUCACUGAAGGAAGAAUGGAUUGCAUACAUAUGCAGAGAGAUCCUCAGGGGCCUGAGCCAUUUGCAUGCCAACAAGAUUAUACACAGGGACAUCAAGGGACAAAAUGUCUUGCUCACCGACAAUGCUGAAGUAAAGCUUGUGGACUUCGGAGUAAGUGCUCAGCUGGACCGCACGAUAGGACGACGUAACACAUUUAUUGGAACUCCAUACUGGAUGGCCCCAGAAGUGAUUGCUUGUGAUGAAAAUCCAGAUGCCACGUAUGACAACAGGAGUGAUUUGUGGUCGCUUGGAAUCACUGCACUGGAAAUGGCUGAGUCACAACCACCUUUGUGCGACAUGCAUCCAAUGCGGGCACUAUUCCUAAUCCCUCGAAACCCGCCGCCUCGGCUCAAGUCACGCAAGUGGGCGAAGAAGUUUCACAGCUUCAUUGAGACUGUGCUGGUCAAGGACUACCAGCAGAGACCCUACACAGAGCAGCUGCUCAAGCACCCAUUCAUCAAGGAUCAGCCCACUGAGAGACAGGUGCGCAUCCAACUCAAAGACCAUAUGGACCGAUGCCGCAAACACAAGCGCUCCGCCACGGGAGCAGGAGGUCCCAGGGAGGUGCCAGGAGGGCCCGACGAUUACCGCUACAGUGGCAGCGAGGGUGAGGACGAAGAUGGUACGGCAGGUGAGCCGGGCUCCGUAGAGCCGGCACAGCGCGACUUGACCCUGAAGCGGAACUUCCAGCAGUUACAGGCCCGGGAUGGUACACUCACUGCUCCACAGCAGCAGCAGCCGCAGCAACCAAGCAAGCCUCCCGAGCUUCCUGCCAGGCCACCACCAGUGCCACCACAGAGGGUUAUAGUGGUUCCCGAUCCCCCGCCGCCCAGCAAGCCAUUGCCACCAAUCCCCGUGGAGGAGGAGCGCAAGCCAGCUACACCGCCACGCAACCAUCAGGCUGGGGGAGCCCGCGGAAGCUCCUCAUCUCACCAGCAGCCCCUUCCACCUCCACCAAACAGCAGAGGCCCCAACCGAAGGCCUGAGGAGCUGGAAGUGCUAGCGCAACAGCUGAACGAGCUUGCCCUGAGCGGUGCUGGGGGACGGGGCUCGAACGGAGCACGCCUGGCGCCAUCUCAGAGGCUGAAUGGUGCCCAGCCCAGGCCACCUGCUUCAUCCGAGAUGGUGGGCUCAGACUCUGACGAGGACGAUGGGCUCAUCCAGAAUGAUGGCACCCUGCUGGCAUCAGACCCACCAAGGCCCUUGUAA